CAAUUCCGUCACAAUUGUUAGAUAUUUUGAUUUUUUUUCCCCGUUCAAUCUCAGCUGAUUCGUAACAAGGUUUCAGAUCCAGGAGUCACAAAAAUGGAGUCACCGCACUCGAAUUUGCUUCCCGAAGUCGAUUCUUUACCCGAUGGAUUCGUCGAUGGCGCUACGGAGCCGCCUCUCACUUCUCCAAAGACCCAGGAAGAAGCUUGUAUCAACCAUGAAGCUGUUGCGAUCGAGAAAGCAGAGAAGCCGAGAACUUUUCCCGUACCUUUGUGUGAAACAGAUGGUAAUGAAGAUGAUGACGUAGAUGACCUAAUUCAAGAUUCGAGCAAGCUUACCUUAGAGCUGGAAGAAGAAGUAACAUCUCCUCCUGUUUCCCAAACAUUAACAGAAGGGUCAACUCAAAAUCCAACCUUGUCUAAGGAAACGGAUUCGACUCUCAAACCAAAGAAACAACAGGAGGCGGUUGAGACCAAGCGUAAGGGUUCAAAGAAUAUGUUCAAAUCAGAGAAAGAGUUUUUGGAGUUCAUGCUUAAGUAUCAGCAAGUCCUGUCUGAAAGAGAUUCUGCUAUUACUGUCCGUGACAAGCUUGAAUCACUUUGUAGAGAGUUACAACGUCAAAACAAAAUGUUGAUGGAAGAAUGCAAGCGGGUGUCAACUGAGGGGCAAUCUUUAAGAUCAGAUUUAUCGACAAAGUUCCAGGAUGCGAUAAAGGAUGUGAGCAUUAAGUUGGACGAGCAAAAGGAUGAAAGCCUCGCACAACUAAAAGAAAAUGAGAUGUUGAGGACGAAGUUGAAGCACCUGGCUGACCAAUAUACCCUUUCUGAACAACAACAUGAACAAAGAUUGAAGCAGAAAACCCUUGAGCUACAGAUCUCUGCUUUAAAAAUUAAACAGCACGAGGAGAAACUCAUCCAUGAACAAUCUCAGAUGAAAGUUUAUGCAGACCAAGUUUCUCAGCUUUUAUCUACUGAGAAAAAUUUGCGGUUGCAGCUCACUGCUGAUGGAGAUAAAUUCCAGCAGUUCCAGGACGCGUUGGUGAAGAGCAACGAGGUGUUUGAAACAUUCAAACAAGAAAUCGAUAAGAUGUCAAAAGCAAUCAAAGAACUUAGGAAAGAAAACGCAUUCUUGAAGAACAAAACUGAGAGAUCGGAUAUUACUCUCAUAGAACUCGUUGAAGAGCGUGAAAGAAUGAAGAAACUAUUGGAGAAGACAAAAAAACAGAAAGAUAAGCUUGAAUCGCUUUGCAGAUCCCUUCAAGCUGAAAGAAAACAAAAGGAAACUAACAACAGUGAUGAUUCUGCUGCAGUUCAACCAUGAAGCAGAGAGAGAGACUAUGAAUUCAGUUUUUUUUUUUUCCUUGUUUUGAACUAAUUAGCACUUCAGAUUAAAGAAACUCCAAAUUAGACACUAAAUUCACUCGACAAUGUAGCUAUUAUCACAUCACAUCAUAUUGAUUCUGCCCUGCGAGCUAAAUUGAUAAA